AGGACCGAGCAUAUUUUGGCACACACAUUUUGAGUAUGUAUUUUACGCAUUUUAUUUAGUUACGCGCUUUACUUUUUUAGGAAUGCUGGUCUGAAUUUGUCGUUUUGAAGUUACCUUUUACUGAGUUUCGCAAGCUGCGAUCUGUACAUGAUUUGGAAGUAGAUCUUUUCUGAUACUUUUGGCAUUAGAUCGUAACCCCUUUGCCUCCAAGAAGUUAGAGUAGUACCGCAGGAUUUUUGCACAGCAGUUGUUGUCUUCCAUACAUAACUUUUUUCCACUGAGUAAGUACCUCGAGGCAGGCAAACAAGUAUACUUCCUCGAUAUUGCGCUUUUAGUAUGAUCGUCAUUUUCGUUUAAGAAAAACAAUUCAAAGGUGGAGAACGAAUCGGUUCAACCGACAGCACAUCCGAAAAAAAACACACACACUCUAUUCCAUCAUGCCGGACGCCCGCGCGGGUAAAGUCGCUGCAGCCGGCGAGUAUUUUGUCUCGGCCGGCCCGGAAAACGAGCCUACAGAUUAUGAAGAUGAGAGGAUCGAAUUGCAAGCGGUGCAGCGAGUCACAAGUGCAGAAGCGACGAGAACUUCUUCCCGCUACAGAAUAAGCGAUUCCGUCGACGACCCCAGUUACGAGCUAACAAACGGCGCGAUCUUGGACUGCGACAAGAAACCGGUCCUGAUCAAGGACGUGAAGUUCGGGAAAUGCACCACCACCGGCGCGACCAUGAAUUACAUAACCGCCGCGAUCGGCGUGGGAAUUUUCUUGCUGCCCACGGUCUUCGCCGAUGUGGGCAUCAUCGCGGGCACGGCGCUGUUGAUCGCCGCCUUUUUUUGCUCAAUGAUCAUGUGCAAAUUGGUCGGAUCGGAAAUGGAUUUUGCGCGAAAAUUUCGGAUCCGCGACGCCGUGCUGAACCACGUGGACACCAUGGACGGUGUCGCCGGGUGCGCGCUGCACGGCUUUCCGCACAAGGGCUACUUCGUGUGGUUCUGCAUUUUGGUGGACAACGCAGAUCUACUGAUGACCUGCGUGCUGUUCCUGUGCGCCAGUUACCCAAUGCUGCAGAAGCUGCUCUACCAGUGCCAGUUCGGAAUCAUGCAGGGGGCCUACAUGUACUUUUAAGUUGCUUUUCUGAGAAAAGCUAUGUUGGAUUUGUUUCUGUAGCUCGUGCUCGAUCUCGAGUAGAGGCGAACACAAAAAGUUUUCUUUGAUGCUCUCAUGAUUUUUACUAAGUAUUCGAGGAUACCAAUCGGUGUGCACGUACUUCAUUUUUUUUUCGUGCAACUACCCUGGUUCGUGAAAUAAAAAAUUUCAAGUGAAGAUGCCUGGAGGUGCUGAAUUUAAAAGUGAAAAACCUUGAGCACAUGAUUUGAAUAAGGAAUCAAUCCAACACCAACAGGUUGAUGUUGCGCAGCAUGAAGGACUCCGCCCAGGGUAUCAACUUUUCUAACGAGUCCGACCCGGAGAUUUUGCGGCACGGAACCAAUGAUCCGAGCAACAUGUCCUUUUGCACGGACGUGCUGUUCAAGAAAACCGAGGUGAGCGGACUGAAAAACGAACUAACUUCUUGUUACCUGACGAAGCAAACGGACACCGCAACCGGCGCAUUCAAAAAAUACGUCGUGAACCUGGAAUGGAACGAUCCGCUUCUUCCCCCAGGACAACAAGCCAUCCCGACAGGUGUGUCACAAAGGCUCGGCUGGGAUUUGGAAACCGAAUUUGAAACCGUGAUGCGGUGUCAGUGGAUAGCGCUGGGGAUUGUCAUUCUGUUGUUAAUCUCCACGGCUUUCUUCAAGGACAUGACGGCUCUCUCCAAACUGUCCGUCGUCGGGGUCGUCGGCUCCGCCGCCGCGGCCUUUUUCGUCGUGCUCGCCUCCUGCGUGGAAAUAGCGUACAACGGGGGGCAGCUGGGCCCGAACAUCUACUACGGGUACCCGGAAACGUCGAAACUGGAGCAAAUCGCGACGGGGUUUAGCACCAUCUGGUUCUCCUUCGCCGUGCCGGUCAUCACGCCGACGGUCAAGUCGGACAUGACAAAACAGUACAGGUUCGCGCGGGCCGCGGAAUAUUCGCACUAUCUGAUUUUUGUGAUUUACUUGAUCGUGGCGUUCUUCGGCUACUUGGCUUUCGGGAAUACGAAGUUGGGCGAGGGGCUGCAUCACGUGCUGGUACUACAUCCAGUGUUUAGAAUGACUUUUCUUUUCCAAACUAGCCCGGACAUACCAAAAUAAUCCAAAUAUAAAAACAUUUGCGGCCGCACGUGUCCUUUCCGUAAGUAUUUUAGUUUUUUUGCGAGAUUGAUCAUUGAAAUACACUGCAAUCAAGUAUGAACAAACAUUAAAUUAUCUCAGGUGCCCGCCUCUCUGCGUAGCGACCGCACUUUCCCGGGAUCUAAUUGGUGUUUGCAGACCAAAGCCAUCUCCCAGGUGAUUGUGGAAAUCGGUAUUCUUGCAAACGUGGUGGUCACUUACCCGCUGUUCCUGAACCCAGUCGCGAUCACCAUCGAGCACGGGAUUGCGAAAUUGGUACAUAAAUGUAAGAGCAACAGAAACACCAGCAGCCCGGCCACGCAGCCCCAGCCGACGUCAAACGCAGUGCAGCCUGAGUUUAUCGCAGAAGGGGAAAAUAAGGAUGAGCAGGUUCGGCUCUUGGCCCCGACAACAACCAGCCCCGACAAAGAUGACAUCAAUGGCGACCCAAUAGAGCACGAAGCUUCAUACGAAUUGACUGGGUGCGCGGAGUUGUCCGUGCGAAUUUUUAUCCGCUCACUCUUGAUUGGCGUGACCGUGAUUCUGGGCGUGGCUUUUGAGUUGUCCACCUUCAUGGGCCUAAUCGGUGCGGUGACAGCAAUGUACACUUGCGUGUACUUGCCUUUUAUCAUCCACUGCAUCUUCUAUGCGAGGUGGUGGACGCGAUACCCGCAGAAGGUAAAAGGCUUUUUACAGCAGGCGGAGAGAAUUGAGGAGCUAAGCUCGAGUUUGAUGGAACAAAAGAGCAAAAAUUCCUCGAGAAAUAAAGCAAACGUCGUCGACGGUGAGAAGAGAAUAGCGUCCACAGCAAUUAUUCAUCUUCCGGGCGAAAAAGGUCAGGAAGACGUCGAGAUUUUAGGCGAAACUGGGAUGUUGGAAGAACUACCAGCAGGCGUAGAUGAAAGAGAUGAACUCGACGAGGAGGAAGCUUUCAAAUUGGAGAUGAAGCGCAUUCUGAUAAAAAACCAGUACACGUGGUGGCGCUGGGGAAUUUACGGCUUCACGGUCCUGAUGGCCGUCAUGUGUAGCGUCUUGACCCUGUACGCAGAGACCCAAUAGACGUGUUGCUGGCCUCCGACAGACGAGUACUCCAAAUGAUAAACCCGCAACUAGAAAGCACUCACGACCACCCACCCUGAGCCGCCGGUCUAGAUUGGUCCAGCUUUUUUUAAGCCCACGACGACGCCGCGCAUGUAGCUCUAGAUAAGAUUUUAGCGACAUGACUCCCCCUUUUGAGAAUAUCAACUCCAAUUUUGGUUCUUACGCAGCACUUUGUCACGGAUGUUGGCACACAAGUGCAAAAGCGACAAUUAAUGCAAAAUCCUGAUUUUUCAGUACUGCUUCUACUCCUGUAGCUGUUGAUUCACAACUUACACGAUGUUCGCGUUCUCGUUUUUCUUUCUUUUUCUUCCGGCACCCGUGUUUCUUCUGCUUGGACCUGUUCUCUCUUCUUCCGCGGUUUCGUCAAUUCCUGUUGCCAG